CUGAGGAUAGUCUGAUUCCUUUGCUGCUCUUGUGUAUCCUUGGUUCCCUUCAUCCAACCGUUGUGAAGUGAUCCUUGGGAGAUUGGAAAUUAAUCUUAUUAUAAUUAAUUGAAAGGAAAAAUUAUCAUUAAGAGUUAUUAAUGAGCUGGUAAGAAGAAAGAAUAUCUAUGGCGAACCAUUCGAGUUACGAGUACGAAGAUAGAGGACAGAGGAUGCGACAUCGUGUUGGUACUACUUCCAGAGCGGCCGAUUCUACUGUGGCCUGCACUAGUAGUCAAUAUUAUGUGGGUCCAAGCAGUGAUAUUAGUGAGGAAGAUUUGGCAGAGUUGCCUUCUUGUGUUUAUGCGGGUAGAUCCACUCAACACGUUGCACACACCUCCUCACAUACUCAUUCUCCUCUUCAUUAUCAUAUGCCAGUUUCUACACCUGAUCAUAACGAUACAGAGAUAAAUGGUGUAGAAGAGGGGUACUAUCCAAAUGGUAGUCCCUACAGAAUUCAACGACAUGCUGCCAAUAUACGUGAGAGAAAACGUAUGCUGAGCAGCAUCAACUCGGCUUUCGACGAGCUUCGAGUACAUGUACCAACGUUUCCAUACGAAAAGAGACUGUCCAAAAUUGAUACUUUGCGUCUGGCUAUAGCAUACAUUGCACUACUUCGAGAAGUGUUAGCUGCUAGACUUGAUCCAUUAACUUAUGUUGAAAGGUGCCUUAGAGGAGAAAUAAAUGGGGAACGUGCCGAAUGGAAUACCAGCGAUUUGACAGCACGUUUAUCAUGGAUAAAUUGGGAAAAUCUAGGUGUGAAUCCAAAUCGACGAUCAGUCUUAACUACACUUGCUCUAACGACAGACAAUAUGAACUAAAAUGCAAAAAAUCUUUUCUUCCCUUUUCUUUGUAAAUAAGUCC